AUGUCUGAACCUGUUAAAAAAGUAACACCAUCCGUCGAUGCCGAUGAAGACUUGGAUGAACUUGAUGAUGUGUUACCCGAGUUCAACUCACCUCCGACUGCCCCUCUACCACAUCUACCCCAGAAAACGACAUUGGGUCGCAAACGAACGAACACGCGGGUAGAUCAACCUCCCGUUUCUAUACCUGGAGAACCGACCACGUCGACGAACCAAGGCCAAGUCGCUGAUGGAGAUGGAGAUGUGCUCUCGGAUGAAUUUGCGAAAGAGUUGGAGAAGCUUAUGAAAGAGUUGGUUGUUGCUCAUGGCGAUGAGAAGGGGGAAGCGUCAGGUUCUGGUGAUGGGAAAGAAGACCAGGAGGCGCAGAAGGUUUUCAAGGCUGCUUGGGAGGCUAUGCUUAUUGAGGAGAUGAACGGGAUGGCUAGUGGUGGUAGCGGUGAGGAAGGUGUCGAUGUCGAUGAGGAUAAGGAUAAGGGGAAGGGAGUAACGGGGGAUUUUCAGUCUAGGAUUAAGCAGACGAUGAAUAAGCUAAAAGAAAGCGAAGAUAAUCUCAAAGCCGGCUCGUCUUCAGCUCCGGAUACGUUGGACGGUCUUUUCAAUUCCUUACAAGACGUAGGAGAUGACGCAGAAUUCAAUGGGUUCUUGGAGGAAAUGAUGAACCAGCUUAUGAGUAAGGAAGUCUUGUACCAGCCCUUGAAAGAACUCGGUGAAAACUUCCCUCCCUAUCUUGAAAACCCACCGGAACCUAUCACCGCCGAAGAUAGGGAACGUUAUGAAGCGCAGUUGGCCGUUAUCAAGGAGAUCCUUGCAACCUUUGAGCGGCCAGGGUAUGAUGAUAAAGAUCCCAAGGCUUCCAAGGAGAUUGCAGAUUUGAUGGCAGAGUUGCAAUCUCAUGGUUCUCCGCCCGAAGCGGUCAUGGGCCCAUCUCCAAUGGGUUUAGAGGGUAUGCCCGGCAAUUGUGUCGUUGGAUGA